AUGAGCAUAGAAUUGUCAAAAGCAGCCCAUGAAGGCGGGACUGAUACCAAUCUCACUGAUUCUGGCCAGAGCGGCAAUGUCAUCACGGAGAAAGGCGGCCCAACUGCCGCCCGGUCCGACCCUGGGAGUCAAGAUGUUGCUCCUCCGGAAGAAGGUUUCUUUGCGUGGCUGCAAGUCGUGGGUGCCUUUGCACUCAAUCUCAACACAUGGGGCUUGAUGAACGCAUACGGAGCCUUCCAGACAUUCUACCAGCUCGACCUCCUCAGCUCCUACUCGUCGUCCACCAUCGCGUGGAUCGGCUCAACCCAGGCCUUCCUGCUGUUUCUCGUCUCCGUCAUCGCCGGCCCGGUAUUCGACGCGGGCCACCUCGGCUCCCUGCUCGGCGUGGGCCUGGUGCUCGUGGUCCUGGGCAUGAUGCUCACCAGCAUCGCCACCGAGUACUGGCACGUCUUCCUGGCCCAGGCCGUGAUGAUGGGGCUCGGCUUCGGCUGCCUGUACCUGCCCGCGCCGGCGGUCGUCUCCCAGUAUUUCCACCGGCGCACGGCGCUGGCCAUGGGCGUCUCAUCCCUUGGUGCUGCUCUCGGCGGCGUCAUCUAUCCGAUCGUCUUCGAGCAGCUACAGCCCCGCAUCGGCUUCGGCUGGGCCGUCCGUGUCAUCGGCUUCAUCAUCCUGGGGACCAACACCGUCGCAACCGCGUGCAUGCGCUCGAGGGCCCCGCCGUCGGCAGCAGCGUGGAGCAUAGUCGACCGCGCCGCGCUCACGGAUGCCCCCUACCUCCUGCUCAACCUGGGCCUCGCCCUCGGUUUCAUGGGGCUGUACAUCGUCCUCUACUACAUCCAGCUCUUCGCCCUCGACCGCACCGACGUCUCGCCGGGCCUCUCGAGGUACCUCCUCGUCGUCAUCAACGGGUGUUCGAUCCUCGGCCGGACGGUGCCGGGGUACUACGCGGACAAGAUCGGCUCCAUCAACGUGCAGACCAUGGCGGCUUUUCUCAGCGCCGUCCUGACUUUCUGUCUCUUGGCCAUCCGUACCGCGCCCGGUCUUGUUGUUUACUGCGUCCUGAUCGGCGUCUGCGCGGGGACCUUCAUGGGCCUCCCCGCCGCGGGCGUCGUCAGCCUCUCUGCGGACAAGAGCAAGAUCGGGACCAGGCUGGGGAUGACGCUUGCUACGGUGGGCGUCGGCGUGCUGGUCAGCAACCCGAUCGCGGGGGCAAUAGUGGGUAGAGGCCGAGACUGGGUGGGGCUGGUGUGUUGGUGUGGGGCAUUGAUGGCUGCAUCGACGCUGGCGUUGGUGGCGAGCAGGGUCGUCAAGGUUGGGCCGGGUCUCAGUAAAGUGCUAUGA